UCUGCUGUAGGACAGCACCGGCUGACAACUGAGCACUUUAUUAACCAGUCCCUCAAGAAACAAAGCGAGAAAGGAAACGGCCAUUGAAGUAGACCUUUUAUAUUUGUAUACCUGAAAACAUAAGAUCGCACCGAGAACACAUUAUGAAGCACGCAACUGCAGCAACAGAAACCAUUGAAAAUAAUUCAUUUACAGUGACAGACGUAUUUAAAAUAUGCACUCAGUGUGAACGGCUAAGCAAAAAGGACUUUGGAGUUCGAAUCCCAAGACCCCUGGGAAAUGGACCAAGUAGAUUUAUCCCUGAAAAAGAGAUCCUUCAAGUCAGUAAAGUAGACCCCAGGACACAAUCGAUAUUUGAGGACGCAUUCGCAGCACUGGGUCGCCUUGACAACAUCUCUUUGGUGAUGGGCUUCCACCCACAGUACCUGGAGAGCUUUCUGAGGACACAGCACUACCUGCUGCAGAUGGACGGGCCCUUAUCCCUGCACUACCGCCACUACAUAGGCAUCAUGGCUGCAGCAAGACACCAGUGCUCCUACCUGGUCAACCUGCACGUCAAUGACUUCCUCCAGGUGGGAGGGGACUCCAAGUGGCUGAAAGGCCUGGACGGAGCCCCACAGAAGCUGCAGUCCCUCGGGGAGCUCAACAAGAUCCUGGCCCACCGGCCCUGGCUUCUCACCAAGGCACACAUCGAGCACCUGCUGAAGGCUGAAGAACACAGCUGGUCCCUGGCUGAGCUGAUCCAUGCUGUGGUGCUCCUCACACACUACCACUCCCUGGCCUCCUUUACCUUCGGCUGUGGCAUCACCCCCGAGAUCCACAGUGACGGGGGGCACACCUUCAGACCCCCCUCCCUCAGCCAGUACUGCGUCUGCGACAUUGCCAAUGGCAACGGGCACGGCCACCUGGAGGAGAGGAGAGGCAACCACCAGGUAUCGGAGGUGUCUGGUGAGGUGGAGGUGCUGAUGGAGAGGAUGAAGCAGCUGCAGGAGUGUCGUGAUGAAGAGGAAGCCAGUCAGGAGGAGAUGGCCACACGCUUUGAGAGGGAGAAGACCGAGAGCAUGCUGGUGGCCACGGCAGAGGACGAGGAGUGUGUGCCAUCCAGAGACGUAUCCAGGCACUUUGAAGACCCCAGCUACGGCUACAAGGACUUCUCCAGGAGAGGAGAACAUGUACCCACCUUCAGAGUGCAGGACUACAGUUGGGAGGACCACGGCUACUCCCUGGUGAACCGUCUGUACCCUGACGUUGGUCAACUGCUGGAUGAGAAGUUCCAGAUGGCCUACAACCUGACCUACAACACCAUGGCCAUGCACAAAGACGUGGACACCACCAUGCUGCGCAGGGCUAUCUGGAACUACAUCCACUGCAUGUUCGGCAUCAGGUAUGAUGACUAUGACUACGGAGAGAUUAACCAGCUGUUGGACCGCAGCUUUAAGGUCUACAUUAAGACCAUGGUGUGCAGCCCGGAGAAGACCACCAAACGAAUGUACGAGAGCUUCUGGAGACAGUUCCAGCACUCCGAGAAGGUCCAUGUCAAUCUGCUUCUUAUGGAAGCGCGCAUGCAGGCAGAACUGCUCUACGCUCUGAGAGCGAUCACCCGCUACAUGACAUGAAGUGCUUUUGGCGUUUAUCAUUGUUUUUUGCUGUCAUUGUCUUUGCUCUCGUGGGACACUUCAGAAGAAAUAAACCAAGGGGGAAAACAGAAAACUAAAAAGAUGAAAGGUGCCCCGUCCGUCGCGACGAAGCUCGUCCUCGUGAUGUGGAAAGAAAAACGAACAGAACAAAUGAAAGAGAGAACAAAAAAAAGCAAAUGAAAGAAGAAAAAAAAGAACUGCAAAAAGAAAAGUCAUCUCAACCCACUUGUGGAAAGAUAAGCUGUCCUCUUUACCCGCAGUGCCAAAACUCACCAUGAGGGGGCAGCCUGGAGCAGACACUCUGCUGGGCCAGAGGAAAAGAAACAGAUGGCACAGGCCACCCUUCCAGUAUUCCAAUACACCUCAGUGGAUGAUGUCAAUAGAAUCUCCGUAUAGUGUGUGAACCCACAGCAAAUCUCCAGAAAGCAAAGCAGUGCACCAGUCUGCACUUGAUAAUGUAGUCACUGUUUUUUGUUGAAUAUAUUUUGCUUUAGUUUUUUUGUAUUAAGAGAAGUUGUUAUCAUCAUGUGGUUGAUGUUGUUAUUGCGGUAACUGGAGAUGAUGGAAGCAUUAUUUGGCCUGUGUGUUGGUGUGCCUGGUUAUGUCAUACAGCACAGUAUAGUGUGUAGAGGUGCUGCCUGAUACUGCUGCUCAUGUAAGCAAGGGGUCAUAUUGACCCCCCCCAUCCUCCCCCCACCCCUAAGAACCCUAUCCAUCAUAAACCCACAGCAUUACCCCCCCCUUCCCCAAUACCCCCCACCCUGAAACUGUUUGUGUAAGCUAACCCAAGAAGUGUGUGAAAACGGAGAGGUGAGGGAAAAACUAAAAAAGAACACUGUGAGCCCUAUUUAGUUUUACUGUACGUAUGAUGAACCCCUUCUGUAUGAGAGACUGAUGUCUGUGACAAAUAUCAUGUGUGGAUGUGUGUGUGUAACUCCAUGUGUUUUACAGAAAAUAUCAAGAAAAAAAGUGUGUUAAAAUUUCAAGCAACAAAAAAGCAGGAAGAAAGCGAGGUAAUUUGAAGGGUGAAACUUCUUGCCCCUGCUGUAGCUCUUUCCGUGUGGUGACUUACAUUUCUUUGUUUCUGGUAAAAAAGCUUUGUCCUCUAAGAAAAAGAACAUGAAAGCUAAAACAAAGUGGUCUUCCAGGGGAUUGGCUUCCGGUUGUCAUAACAAUGACCUCACCUGUCUGUCUUCCGCUCACCCUCGACCUUUGACCCUGCCCUGGGCAUCCUAACACUUUCAAAGCUUUGGGUAUUGUGAAUUGUACCAGUAAAUAAAUACCUCUUCUGUUUUCUUUUGUAUCACAUUAAGAAGUGCUCUUUGGUGAGCAGAAUGACUCUCACUCUGGGUCGCUUGGCUUUCAUUCGUAGGUAGCCCAGUUGGUCCUCAUUGGACCGACUGUGGUCGAUAGUCCAACUGCAGUCGGUCAUAGAUGUGCUUGUUCCCUCUGUGGGAGCCUAACCAGUGCAAAAUCAGUUUUUUUUAACGAGGGGUGGACUCUCCACCCUUUUAUUUUUGUUGACUAAAAACAGUAAAGUACUGCAUUCUACUGAGGGUGGAUUGAUACAGUUGGACAGUUGAAUGAUUGUUUCACGUUAAGAGGAGGAGGAAGAUGAGGAUGUUGAUUAUGGAAUGGUACAUUAUUUGGGGGUGGUUGUGAGAGGAAGUGUAGAGGUUUUAUCAAACUUCUGACUAAUGUCAGAUACUGAAACUUUUUAUAUAAAAAAAAAAUGGAAUGUUAUUGAAUCAUUGUAUAAUUUUUUUGUUUUCUCCUUAGAACUGUUGCUGCUGCAUCAACAUAAUCAUAUCAUUAUUACAUAUAAAUGAUCUAUACAUUGAAUCAUUCAUGAAACAAGCCCACCAAAUUGUAGUCACAGCACACAUGCAUGUAUUAUCUGCAACCUUAACAAUAAACAUCUGAUCUCCAUCAAUGGCAUUUUACAAUAUGUCAUCAGUAAUGAUGUAGGAAACAUUUGGCUAUUACAGAUGCAUUUUGCACAGUUAAUGCAAUUAUGAGUCCCACACAUAAAGAAAUGUUUCUUACAACCGCAUAAGACUGUUCGGUGUGUGAGUCUAAAUCCUAGCAGGGUUUUGGUUUCCUGUGUUGAGUGGACCCACUGGUUCAAUGUCUAGUUUUGAUUUAGAUUUGGUUGACUUGUCGACUAACGUGAAGAAAAGUCACCAUCUCAUUGGAUUUAGGUUAAAAGUUAGGUAAAGAAAUACUAAAUUCUCUUGUUUUGAUUGCUUUUUUCCACUUUGAUUCAACGCCAACACAUUUCAUUUUUGUUGUUGAAAUCAUGUCAAAACGUUGAUUCAACUAGUUUUUGUCCAGUGGGGAGUCAGUCCUCCUAUUUAUACUACACUGAACUCUGUGGUUCAAUGUUUGCUUGUGUUGACGAGUCAAGGUUGAACGUUACUCCCACACCUGUUGUGCUAGAACACUUGGACCCGUCUGUAAUGUGCAGUGAGAUGAGAGGGAAAAUUCCUUCUAGGAUCACCUUUGAGCUCUAUUCUGCUCACCUUCCUGUUCCGUUCUCCCUGCGGAAACUCCCUGGCAUCCUUGUGGAUGACUGGCUGUAGACUGAAUUCUUUGGAUGUUCAGGGACUUUUCCUACUGCGGGCAAACAGAGGGUGACUUGGUCCAUAUCUCUACUGAUACUGAACUGCCUCAUUUCCCUAUGACAAUCUGAACAGGAUGAGACUAUUAUAAACAAUAGAUGCACUUAAUACCUCCACGAUCACCCAAUUAACUAACUUUAUCAACCCAGACGGACAGGUGUCUAUCAUGUAGAGAAUGUGUGUCAUUAACUAUGGCUGAUGAAAUGCUAUUGGGUUGUGGUCACUGUAAGGCGUUAUUAUUGCAGGAUAAGUUUAUUUUAUUUUGACAGAAGUGCCGUUUUUGUUCUUCAUUUGAUGUAAUGAUAAUAACGAUGUGAUUUAAAAACCGCUGUUUACUAACUUUGCAGCAGUACUGCCUGGUCCAUAUCUGUAACAAUAAAGGCUUUGAGAAGGAGAACGUU